AUGGGGUCAAAGUUUCAUGCUUUUCUUUACCCAUGGUUUGGUUUUGGUCAUAUGAUUCCGUAUCUUCAUCUAGCUAACAAAUUAGCUGAGAAAGGUCAUAUGGUUACUUUCUUGUCUCCCAAGAAAGCUCUUAAACAGGUCGAAGCUCUCAGUUUGUUCCCAGACAACAUUUACUUCUACUAUGUUACUCUUCCCCAUGUUGAUGGUCUCCCUGUUGGCGCAGAGACAACCUCAGAUCUACCAAACUCAUCUAAGAGAGUCCUCGCUGAUGCCAUGGAUCUUUUACGCGGACAGAUCGAAGCUGAGAUUCGUGAUUUGAAACCUGACCUAAUCUUCUUCGAUUAUGUUGACUGGAUUCCAGAAAUGGCGAAAGAACUAGGAAUCAAAAGUGUCAGUUACCAAAUCGUAUCCGCAGCUUUUGUAUCUAUGUUUCUUGCACCUGGUGCCGAAUUAGGUUCUCCUCCGCCAGGUUAUCCUUCAUCGAAAGUAGCAUUACGUGGACAUGACGCUAAUGUCUACUCAUUCUUCGCGAACACCCGCAAAUUUCUCUUUGAUCGAGUCACCACAUGCCUUAAGAAUUCUGACGUAAUCGCCAUAAGGACAUGCGCAGAGAUCGAAGGCAAGAAUGGUAAACAGCUAGAAGAUCGAUGGAAUAAUUGGUUAAACGGAUUCGAACCAUGCUCAGUAGUGUAUUGUGCGUUUGCCACUCAUUUAUUGUUUGGGGAGAAUGGAUAUGCAUAUAUCUUGUGCUCCAAUCAAAGAAUCUCCAUUAAUAUAGUCACGUCAUCCAAUUACUCAAAAACCUUCAUGCUUACAAUAUUGUCUCAUCAAUCAGUAGGUUGCUUUGUAAAGCAUUUUAGGUUCGGUUCGAUGUGGGAGACUUUGGUUAGUGAUUGCCAGAUUGUGUUUAUUCCACAAUUAGCUGAUCAAUUUCUCACAACGAGAUUGUUAACCGAAGAACUCGAGGUCUCUGUGAAAGUAGAGAGAGAUGAGACAACAGGUUGGUUCUCGAAGGAGGGUUUGAGGGAUGCGAUCAAAUCUGUGAUGGAUAAAAAUAGUGAGAUUGGGAGUCUAGUGAAGAGGAAUCAUGAGAUACUGAAGGAAACCUUGGUUAAUCCUGGAUUGUUGAGUGGUUAUGCUGAUACGUUUGUCGAAGAACUGGAGAAUCCAAUUUUUAAACAAUGUGGAAUGGUGGAUUAA